GCGCAGUUUACAACAAUGGCUGCGCGCAGAAUGUGUAUGAAAAGUUUGGGUAGGAGGAUUUCUCACAUUUCUCGUGAUAUUGUGAACCAGAAUUUUUUAAUACGGACUUACGGUACACCAACUGCUUCUGCUUAUAAGCCAGAUAGACCAAAUCAAGACUUACAAGAGUAUGUAGAAAUACCAUCCUAUCCUGAAAUUAUUGAUUCGUCGAAAGAAGGGAGAAAAAAACAUGCAAGAAAACAAUGGUAUAAAUAUGUCCAGGAACUGCCAACAGUUGAACAAAAACUUCUUGAGAUUAUCAGCAGACAGAAAUAUCCAGCUGUCAUACUUGGGCCAGUCUCACGCUCUUACGAUUUACUUCCAUUUCAACAAUACUGCACUCGCACAAACAUUAUAAAAGGUUUACCAGAAAUAUAUCAAGGGACUAAUGUAGAUGAUGUAUAUGAUAAGUUAAAACAACAGUUGAUUGAAGUAGUGAAAGUUCAGUGUUGUCAGUUUUCGCGUAAUUACAAAAUUACCCAACAAAAGCCCACAGAAGAAACCGUGAGUAGAGGUCAAGGUGGUGGCGUCUUGGAUGAAAUGACAUCAUUAAUUUCAACCACAUUAGCAGUGAGUGACGAAGGGCAGCAUCUAGCGAAUGCUGAGAUAAGUCAUCUUCCUCGAUGUGAUGCAUUUUGGUGGCAUGCUGGUUUUGAGAAAUCAAAAAUAACAUUGGUGAAGGACAUAGAUGACAUUUGUUUCCAGUAUGUGGAUCAACCAUGGCUCCAAGUCAGGACAAAAAACCCUUUGCCAGAAAUUUUUAAUCAAGAUGAUCCAGCUUGUUUGGGUAAUGAUAUUCCACCUGUAAAAUACCACCCAAGAGUGUAUGGACAUUGUAUUGAGCGCCGUUAUGUUACGAGUGUACCUGGGUUUUGGCCAGGAAGUGAAUGUGAAUAUGGUUAUAUGUCACUUCAUACCCGUGAUGGUUUGGUGAAGCGAGCUAAGAUGGUGACUGACAUUGAUAUGGAGGACUGUAUAAAUGGUUUUGGAAUGAUGGCUUCAUUCGGAUGGCUAGUGGCCCUCGCUACAUAUCAAGGUUUCACACCAUUUAAUGAGUUGACUUAUCCUUUAGUCACUCAAACUGUAAUUACCAAUGGUCAAGACUGGGACUUUUUUGUCUACCAACUGAACACUAUGAGUUUUCAUAGUGAUAUAGAUCACAAUACUCAUAAGAACAUUUGUUGGACAUCUGGUACCAUGCGUCUGUUUGAAGAUAUCGUUGAUGGAGAAGUAACUGGUCUUAAUGACGAUGUUUUUAAGGUGUUUUUGAAGUUCUUUGUUCAGGCUCCUAAACAACAAAGUGAAUUUUCUUUAAAACCCUACACUGGAGAAGACACAAGAUCCGAGGAGGAGAAAAUAGCUGAUCGUGAACGAUUGAGAAGACUUCUGAGUAAUCGACCUAAUCCUUUUGAGUACAAGCAUGAGGUUCCUCUGUGGAAGUGGAUUUACAAAAGACAUAAAGAUGCUCCUUCAGCCCCAUUCUUAAAAUAAUUUGCUAAAGAUACAGAACAGUGUAGACUAAUAAAGUUUAUCAGGCGGUAAAGUAAAACCAUUGUUUAUUUGAUCUGUUAUGAAAAAUAUAAUUUAAAAAGCA